AAUGCUGGCGGGCCUGGGCAAAAGUCUGAUUUCCUGGUUCCGCGACAAACUGGUGAAGGGGUCCAGCUGGUGGGCUGGCAAAGAGGCGAAGGAGCAAAGCGACACCUCCUCCCGGGGUGCUGGUGCAGAGGAGGACGACAAGUUGGCCUCGGAAACGAGUAGUGACGACGAAGACGCUGUAGAUGAUCUGCACGACCUGAUUCAAACGAAAAAGGCGGACCAUACAGCAACGAGGGAUGACAUCCUGGAGCUAGAAGAAAAGGCAAACAAAAAUGGCGCGAGAACAAAGAAUUUGGAGAAAGAGUUGGUCCGUCGGAGAAAGAGCCUGAACCAAGAACUCCGAGACUACGACGUGAAGCUCAAGGAUCUGACCCGCAACAUCACCGCAGACAUUGGGGUGUUGCGGUCAAAAAGUGGGGAUUCUUUUCCGGUCGGUCCGGAGCUUCAGCUUCUCAGAGCUGGAAGAAAAAUGUCAACAUCAAGUGCAGCAGCAGCCUCUGGUGCUGUUGCGCAGACGAAAGGUCGCCCAUACGGUAAGCGAGCACACGCCAAGCCAGAACUGGUGCACUGCGCAGAUUUGCUGAAGGAGAAAGUAACUGUGCUGCGCGAGCGUGUCCGCGUGAACAACCUGCGGCGAUUCAACCUGCAGGAUAUGGCCAAGGCCUCGACCAGCACUGAAGCCAUAAAAACCCGGUUGAAGCACAUCCAGACGCGUCAAGCUGGGCUCAGAACGGAGAUCCAGGAAACAGAAAAUCUGCUGAAAAACGAGCGCAAACAUAAAGGGUACAAAAAUGUUGAGCCGAGGCAUUUGCAGCGGCAGGAACGAGACGACGACGGCGACGAAAGAACGAAAGCGGUGAAAGAACAAAGUAGGCAAGACUCUGUUGACGAAUCUGCAGAAAGCAACGCGGAUGGAGAGGAGCAAGUGGAGGGCCUCGCGCCGCGGCACGAGAACGACCUCUUCGACUCAUCUCAAGAAGGCAGCGAGGACGGACGAGGGCCGCAAGUAUACAACCCCCCUCGCUCCGCCGCGGGGGCACACCGGCGCCGGAAGAGGACACGCAUACGGGUACAGGUUAGAAAUACGGUAGAUGGUCGUGUAGAAGCGAGGCACCACGCCACAACCGACGGCUCCUCCUUCCACUUCAGGUCGGGCGGCGCUUCGGCCGAUUCAUUCACGCAAAAAGGGAUCCAUGCGUCCGUGCCAUUCCCCGAGCAUAUCACAACUUCGAGUUCGAGACGACGGGACGAAGACGAAGGGUUUCCCCUUCCUGUUCCUGAAGUAGACGACUUGCCGAACUCUACCAGUGUAGAAGUUGCCCUAGUACAACUGCCGCACAACGCCGUCAGGACACCGUGGGGAGAACAGCAAACGGGACAAGAAAGGACGCCUGAUAGGUCCUACACGACUACUUCACUGCGACGCGGCGACGACCAUCUUCUUCCAACAGAAUACUCGGACGAAGCAGGGGCAACUACAACUGCGCUUCUGCAGGACGACGAGAGGCAACACCUUCUAGAAGAUACCGACCUUGAAGCUUCAGCCGAAGGAGCAUAUUCGGCUGGAAGAAAACGCUCGACGGCGGGAGAAAGACAUGCCGAAGAGCAACCGAAAGCGAUCAGUCGAUCGCGGCAACAGAACUUCAGCCAGAAACAUGCAGUAGAAAAACCACAUUUGCAGCGUGAAGCACUAACUCACGGCGUUUUGGGAGCAGAACGCGAUGGCAGGCAAACGAUGAAUGUAAAGCCGCAGCUGGAGCUCGAAAAAAACCUGCUUCCAAGCCCCGCUGCUGGUACAACAGUCGUACAACUGGCAGAAGGAGAGAUGAAGACGCAAAUGCAUUUUCAGAGCAACAUUCUGACCGGUGUCGUGAAAGUGCUACAUGCGAUUCCGUCGAAGCUGCAGACCAUAUUUCAGACCGUUCUGCAGCAGAUUGCGCGCGGCAAGGAGCGGCUAGGCCGGUUUGGAAAGCGGGUGUGGGAGGGGAUCAAAAGUUCUCUCACGUCCGGCGUCAUCGAGGGGCUGCUGUCCAUGUUGGCCAGUACUUUAGGCCGAGGGCUCAGCCAGCUGGUCGCCCUCAUUCCCUACAUUCGCCAAACCCCCCUCCCCGUGCUCUUCAGCCAGGCUAUCACCCCUCUGCUAAUGACGCUGUUUGAGCUGCGGUUAUUUCCUCCGUCAAACGCGUUAGUCGACGAAGGAGACGUCGGGGAAGCCGGAAGAGCUAAAGCGAAGCGACAUCUUCGCUCACGGCGAGCCAGCAGAAGGACGGCGGCAUCGGAACAAGCAUCCAGUUCUAUCGAAGAAAAAAAGAUUGUCAGUGUAACUUUGUGAUGCGCAACAUGGAAGAUCGGCAACAUCUGUCAUGCUGGUCAUGCAUUCCAAGGUCCAUUCAAGCGCGUUUUGCGGUGCUAUCUGCGCAUGACAGGUUUUUGCUCUCAUGCCAGACGGAUUUGUAAUGCUGUUCUUCCAACAAAGUUACAGCUAUAUUAAGCUUUUUUCUUUGGAUAAGUGCUUCGUUUGCAACAACAAUCGACGAGUCAUCUUCCUCUCCACCCAGUACAAACAACGAUAACAAGAUGAUAUCUUUCUUCGGCUGGGUGAAGGAGUACGUCGGAGGUAUGAUUGACAGAUACAUGCCAGACGUUCUCAAACUGGUGCAAGACGCCAUCAAGCGCCUCGCGCGGGAGGGACCGAGAACCGUACUGCGAUGGAUAAAGCAAGCGAUUGCCUCGCUGAAGCGACUAUUGUUCGGAGAUGACAAGAACAGCGGAAAAUCGCGAAGAAAUAAUGAUUCGUCACAGGCAUUGCCCUCAGGACGACGGUAAGCGACACACACAACGGCAGAAGUUUCAGUAAU